UCUACGUCACUUCCGUUCUCGUAGGAAAGCUGGGAAGUCCCAGGCCAAGAGAGGUGGGCGCCCUGGGGCCGUGGCUGUCCGGAGUCUAGGAGACGGGACGAGACGGGGCCGGUAGGUGGCAGGAGGGGGCCGAGCCGGAGCCGGCGAGAGCGCCGGGCCCGGAGGCCCCCAUGCUGGCGUACCCGCCCGGGCUCAGGAGGAGGAGGAGGAUGAUCUCCAGAUACACUCGGAAAGCCGUGCCACAGAGCUUGGAGCUGAAAGGAAUAACAAAACAUGCUUUUGAUUAUCAUCCUCUUCCAGAGCAACUAGAUGAAUCUUCCUCUGCCAGUGACAGUCAUGAAAAAGACACAAGUUCUCAAAGUGAAUCUGACAUCACCCAAGAAUCACCUUUUACAUCAACUGACACUGGAAAUUCAAGGUCUGCUUUUCCAAGUUAUACAGGCACAGCGAUCUCUACAGAAGGCAGUUCGGACUUCUCCUGGGGAUAUGGUGAACUUGAUCAAAAUGCCACUGAAAAAGUGCAGGCAAUGUUCACAGCCAUUGAUGAGCUCCUUUAUGAGCGGAAGUUGAGUGUGCACACAAGGAGUCUCCAUGACGAGUGCCAACAGUGGACAUCCAGCUUUCCUCACCUCAGGAUUCUAGGUAGGCAGAUAAUUACUCCAAGUGAAGGUUAUGAAUUAUAUCCUAGAUCCCCUUCUGCUGUUUCAGUUUCACAAGAAGCAGUUUUAUCUCAAGAAAGAGAUUCUACUAUAUUUGGUAUCAGGGGGAAAAGGUUACAGUUUUCAUCAUCUUAUCCCCAUAAAGCAUCUUCUAUUGCCAAAUCCCCUGGCUUUUGUGCUAUGGAAACAGAAAAGGAAGAUUGUAUAAUCUCAGAAGGAAUAAUAGAGGAAUACCUAGCAUAUGAUCACACAGAUAUGGAAGAGGGAUUUCAUGAAAAGAAAUCAGAAGCAGCUGCAGAGAAACAGAAGUUAGGGUACCCUCCCAUUGCUCCGUUUUACUGCAUGAAAGAGGAUGUCCUUGCCUAUGUGUUUGACAACGUAUGGAGCAAGGUUGUGGGCUGUUUGGAGCAGUUGACACGUAGUCACUGGGAGGGAUUUGCUUCUGAUGAUGACAGUAAUGUUGGACCCACCAGGCUGGAUAUGGAAAGUCCCUGUAUGCUGAGUGAACCACACCCUUUGGUGUUACCACGAGUGCCACAGUCUAAGAUGCUGUCCGUUACCUCAAAUCUGAUGAGCUUCUGUCAAGCAAGUAGUCAUCAGCCAAAUGUGAACGGUCUCUUGGUUCAUGGGAUGCCUCUACAGCCAAGAAAUCUCUCCCUAAUGGACAAGCUCCUAGAUCUUGAUGACAAGCUACUUAUGAGGCCUGGGUCCAGUACCAUCUUUCCAACCCGAAAUUGGCCAAACCGAGCCCUGGAGCUUAGUACAUCAUCUCUGUCACAUACAGUACAGUCUGCCAGGAGACGUAACCCCCCACCACGUACCCUUCAUCCGAUCAGCACAAGCCAUUCCCGCACUGGAACGCCAAGACCUGUGGAAGAAAUCCUCAGAGGAUCCCGAGUCCCAGUGGCACCCGACUCAUUUUCCUCCCCCCCACCAAUGCCCUUGAGUCGGAACAAUCUGCUACCACCUAUUGGUACAGCUGAAGUGGAACAUCUGAGCACUGUGGGGCCACAAAGGCAACUGAAAGCCCAUGCCCAAGGCGAUCCCAGUCGAGCUCGAAGUGCUGUGAUGGACGAGCCUAACCGUCAGCAGCCCCAGGAGAGGAUCCUUUUACCUGACUUUUCCAGACCCAAUACAACUCAGUCAUUUCUGCUGGACACACCAUAUCGCCAGGCAUGUGCAGUUGAGCAUCCUCAUCAGGCCCGACCCGGCAGGGGAGCCACAGGGACAGGAGUUUGCCUGCUUCAUAUUAUCUAAUGGAUUCAAAUGGAUUUAUUACACUCAGCCACAUUUUUCAUCAGGUUCACAAUUGCAUGGCUCUACAAAAUCUCACAGCAGAGGUGGACCAGUGACUAGAAGCAGGCAAGGACCAUAGAGCAAAUGUAAAGAACCUAUGGAGCUACAGCAAAUGUGAGAUUUCAUGAAUCAGAGUUCAGUCACUGAGUGUGCAGGGCUUGUGCACAAGAUCAGCUUGAAUCCAUCUUCAUGAAGUUAUUUUGGAAUAACUGACUGAGGAAAACCAAGGAUGUAUCGGCCAAAGACUGCAAGGGCACAGUCUCUAUCUCCAGUUACUGUCUUCCUUCAGCAUAAGUUACCUCUUCCACUGGACAGUAAAGACUGUACCCCAGAUGUAACAAUGAAUGGUUACCUCCAA